CCGCCGGCCGCGUGGGGCGGCUGAGGUGCGUGCCCUUAGUGCCGGGAUGGAGGCGCAGCUGGAGGUGGUGGCGCAGAUGGAGAGCUUGGCGUUUGAGCCCGGCUCCGGCGUGCCGGCCGCUGAGGGGGAGCCGGGCGAGGAGAGGGAGCCGGCCGCUGAGGGGGCUCCGGCCGCUGAGGGGGCGCCGGCCGCUGAGGGGGCGCCGUCCGCUGAGGGGGCGCCGGGCGAGGAGAGGGCGCCGUCCGCUGAGGAGGCUCCGGCCGCUGAGGAGGCGCUGGGCGAGGAGCAGGCGGCGGGCACGGACGGGGUGCCGAACCCUCCGAGCCCCCGGGGGGGCAGUGGGGAAGAUCAGGCCCCACCGCCGCCUUUGGGUCCCAGCAGGCUUCCUGCCGCAGCUCCCUCAUCCGACUCGGACAGUGAUACGGAUUCAGAUAGUUCAUCAACUACAUCCUCAUCUUCGUGUUCUUCUUCAACAAUAUCUGAAGAUGAUCAUCCAAUUGAGAAGGAUAACAGAUCUUACUGUGUUAAAACAAAAGAUGAGUUGCCUAUUGAUGAACUGCCUCCUGUUGAAGACUUAUCAAUAAUUUUGCCUGAUAAUGUUGAACUAAAGCUCUUUGGGACAGUUUCCAGCAUCAUUGAGCAGCUAGUAAUAAUUGAAUCACUGAGAGGCCUACCUCCAGUAAAUGAGGAAAGCAUAAUUUUUAAAGAAGAUCGUCAAGCAGCAGGAAAGAUAUUUGAGAUUUUUGGUCCUGUUUUACAUCCCUUUUAUGUGUUAAGAUUUAACAGCUCUGAGCAUAUCAAAGCAAAAGGUAUUAAUGUGCGAGAUAGCAUGUAUUUUGCUCCAUCUGUGGAGGACUUCACCCAGUAUAUAUUUGCAGAGAAACUAAAACAGGAAAAAGGUUCAGAUGCAUCUUGGAAGAAUGACCAAGAACCACCACCUGAAGCCUUGGAUUUCAGUGAUGAUGAAAAAGAGAGAGAGGCGAAACAGAAAAAAAAGAAGCCUCAAAAUCAAGGAAGGAAGAAACUCAAAUCAGAAACAAAUGCAUCAAGUGAGAAUAAAGGACUUCAUCACUCAAUGCAACAGCCCGCUUCAAGUUAUUCAAGGGGGUACCGUGGCAGAGGGUUCUCCAGGGAUCCGUUUCCUCCUCCAUCAGGCCCUCCAGGUUUUUUGAGGCCACAAGUAAGACCACAACAGCUAUACUCUUCAGACAACAGAAUACAUCAGGAAUCUCCAGUGUUUCCACAGCCUCAUAGAAAAGAAAAUCCGAUGAUGCAACAGUAUCCCUUUCCUCCUCCAAUUUUUGGUUCUGUUAAUGACGUGCAUCAAUUCCACCUUCCGCCUUCAAAUCUGAAUAUGAUUUGGACAGGCCCGAACACAUACAACUCAUCGUAUCCAUUUUUACCGCCGCCACCUCCGCCGCCGCCACCUCCACCUCCUCCAGAUAGCCAUCCUUCUCAGUUCAGGCCUUACUAAGUUUCCAUAAAUGCGUAUACAGAGAACUGCAAUUUAAAGAGAGGAAGAACAGGCUGCCAGGACUGUAUUCCCUUAUUUUGGAGUUGCUUCAUUUUUCUGCAACAAAAGAACAAAUGUGGAGUUUGAUGCUUUGUGGGACAUCCAUAGAAAAAUUUUUUUUCUAUAUAUGUUUUCUGUUUCAAAAAGGAAAACUGUAUGAUAAAAAUAACUGAAUAUUAAAUAAUGGUUUAUUUUUAUAUCUACUAGUUUUGGGAUGAUAAAUAAAAACUUUUUGGAGACUGCUAUUUAGCGGUGGA